AUGCCAAUAUUACUUAGCGAUGUGAACUGUUGUAACAGUGAUCUAGGACGCAUCCUUUAUGCAAGUCCGAAGGAUUGGGAUGUCCAUUUAAAUAUCGUUGAUACAAAGAACGUUUCGACUUUCUUUACUUCACAUACCGAAUAUGAAAUGGCACUUUGUGCGAUACCGUGCAAUUCCGUUGCAGCUGACAUUCGAUUCUUCGAUAUGUGGACACGCUUUAGAGAUGUGAAACGUCUUUGGGAACAGUUAGGUGACUUACACAAAAGGUUACAUCUACAUGGUUCAUUCCCACAGUUUGCAGAAGGAGUGAUUUUUGGAAAUCAAAGUGCUCAAGUUGUGGGUAAAAGAACGUUAUCAAUAACAACUUUCAUGAAUUACAUACUUAAUCAUCCAGUGCUUCGACAAAGCAAAGCUUUGCAGGAUUAUUUUGAUAAAGCACAUGAAGUUUUGGACUAUAAAGAUCUGGAUCCUAUGCAAAAAUCUCACGCAAAUGGCAAUUCAACGGCGACAUCAUCUGGAACUAGUAUGAUUCAUGUUUCAAAAUGUAAUGCACAGGAUCCUAGACUGUUCUUUAUAUCCGAACAUGAACAAGAACGAGAACAUGAAGAUUCACUACCAACAAUACCUCAUCCUGAAGAUGCACCUCAUUUUGAUCCAACUGCACAACUCUACUUCCAAAAUUAUCCAUUCUCAUCAACGAUGAUGGGAGAAAAUUCCAUGUUUAAUAUUGGGAUGAAUAAUACAAGAAAUAUAACGGUAUUACCAAGGAGUAAUAAUACUUCAGGCAUGAUGAAUCAAACACCCACUUCACAAUCUUCUUAUGUUCUUCCUACUUAUUACUAUGUCGCAUUGUCGCAACAGCGAUAG